AUGUCGGAUACGAAUGAAGUUACUGAUGAGCCAAUGGAUAACGGAACGAGCUCGACUGAUUACACCAAAGAGGAAAAUGACAAGGUGAGAAGGUUGUUUUUGUUGACUUUUCCCGUUUUCUCUUGUGUAUUUGGAUUUUACGUAAAGGCCAAUGCGAUUGCUGUGUGUACAGGUGAGGCCACAAAGAGGUUUUUCCUCGAGUGAUUGCCUUUUUUGCGCACGAAUCAAGUGUCUUAGAUCUCGAACGGUAGAAACUUUAUAUUUCAGAAAAGUGACGAACAUAUGGAGAUUGACGAGGAGCCGUUGCCGACUAACGAAGUCGCGAAGACGCAGAUAAAAGACGAAGACGUUGAAGCGCAAAUCACUGCGAAGAUUGACGAAGAAGAGGAGAAAGAUGUGCCUAUACGGGAGGAUCAGAAUCUUGAAACGAAGGAAGACGGAGAGAAAGUGGAAGAUCAAAAGGGAGAAGAAAAGAAAGAGAUCACGAAAGAUCAGAAGAAAGACGACAGUAAAGAGGUUGAAAAAGAAGUGAAGGAUGAAGAAAUGAAAGAAGCAAAGGAAGACGAGAAGAAAAACGAGAAAGAAGACCCGAAAGAAGAUGAAAAGAAAGUGAAGGAUGGUGACCAGAAGAAAGAAGAGCAGAAGGAAGACAACGGAAAGAAAGAGGACGGAGAGCCAUCAAAAAAAGAUCUCAAAGAAGAAUUGGAGAAAAAGAAGGAAAGUUCCGAUCAGAGCAAUGGUCAGCUUAAGAAAAGAGACGAGAAGCUCAGUCCCAGAAAGAAGGAAAAAACGCAGUCUGCUGGAAAGGAGAACAAUCCGGGAUCGAAACUCACUAACAGAGAGCACGUUCUCGAUCAUCUUGAGAUAAAAAGAGUAAGCCAUUGAAACGUGGAAUUAAAAACAUUCUUUCUUACAGGAUUCGUCGAAUCGAGUAAAACUUUACGUUCUUUGCGAUCAGAGAAUAUGGGAGGACAGGGGCACUGGACACGUUGUCACCUACUCAGUAACGCCAGAUGAUGGCACCCCUGCCAAUGCCCCUUCCAAUGCUGGAAACACUAUUGUACUCGUACGACUAGAAGGACAAAGUGAGUUGCUAGCUGAAUGAAUAGUAAACUAGUUUAAAUUGAUGGAAGUUCAGAUAAAAAUGUGCUCGAGUCGCGGAUUCUCUUGGAUACCGUCUACCAAAAGCAGCAGGUGAGAAAAAAGGAGCAUCAUUACCCUUAUGAUAAGAAAAUGAAUGCUAUGCGAGGCGUUGUCUGAUAAACACUGACUCAAUCGAUUUCAAAACCCGCACUGCGGAAAUUCUUACGAAAUGCUUCAGCGCUUUUCCUUUCGUCUCAAAAUAAUAAGCGAGCGUCCCGGUUUUUCGCCCAUUACAUAUUGAUGAACAACCAAAUUACUUAUUCGUCAUACGCGCGCCGCUCCGAGUGUCAGUGUAAGCAUGCGAAUUUGGGAAAAAUAGAGCAAGGAAGAGUAUCAAUUGUUCCCUUAAAAACAUCUUGGUCCUUCUUACCCAUUGACUCGAGAUAUUUGUUGUGUUGAUAUUUCGGGAAAAGUCCUCUGUCCUUCCAUUCUUCACGGCUAUCUGUGUUUGUCUGCGUCGUCUUUUCGGUCCUUUCCGACCCGAGAAACGACACAAAAUGGCGGCGGGCGUUGCAGUCAUUGAAGCAGCAAGUCUCCUCCUUUCCCGCGGCUUGGUAUCGCACUUUCCCGUCCUUCGUUCUCUCCUUCUCACCUCCUGUUCUCUGCAUGACAUCCUUUACUAAUCUGUCUCAGAUCACCCGUCUGUAUUCAUAUUUCGUCUAAUUCUAUACGUUUGGGUUGUUGUUUCAUUUCGAACAUUUUUUCUAAAACGCAUUUAGGUGCGUUCAGUGAAUCCAACCCUCUCCUCGUUUCCUCGAUAUUUGUUUUCGUUCUCAUGAAAAUCCUCUCAGCUUCUAAGCUACUCAGCAUAGAGCUCAACUGAUGGACAAUGAAAUACUUCCACCCUUCUCUCGCUCCCGUUUCUCUCCAAAUACGGAAUAUGUGGCUAAGAGAAAAACACACGCGGAUUAUUUUUUUCGCCGCUUCGAAAAAAGCAGCGACGUCAGGCUGGAAGAGAAGCUGGUGGUGGAUGUAGCGCGUGCCCUCCUUGUCUUUGUCUCCUCUUCUCUCGGGCCCUCCGACGCCGCUCAGUCAAAAUAAUUGUUUUGAAAAGUCAGUGAGCGGUGUUGUCGAAGAAGAGGGUGAGGGCGCGCGCAAGCACGCGAAAGAUAUGCCGAAAUAAGCGACGAAGAGUAGGAAGCAACACCAGCAGCAGCCUUCGAAGCAGUAUCCUCCUUGUCCGGGACGGCGGCGGCAGCCACCAGAAGCAGUCGUCCGUCAUGGAGUGUGUUUUGUGAAGAGUGUACGUAAAUGUGAGCGUGUUCAUGCCUCAGCCUCCCAUCCGGGUGCCGAUCAUACGAGAAGCGACAAAGAGGGCACCCCCAAUAGAAAACGGAGGAGACAUCGUCGCUGUCUCUGCCGCCCCAGACGCUUUUUCCACAAAUGUUACUACAGCAGUUGCCUACGUUCUUUUCAAUUAAUCUGUCACUUUUCCGACGCGUAUUCGAAUCGAAACGGAUUUAUACUAUGCUUCCUUCUCCUUAUAAGCUGCGGAGUGAUGUUCAUGUGAUAGAGCUAGCUUAAAAGUUUAUCGUUCUGCUCCUACUUUUGUGACAUUGAAAAAUGUUCUGUCGCAGUGAGCAUUCUCUGAAGCGUGAUGACGGCUACUCCAGACGACUUGCCACCUCCUCUCGGUCUCUUAUCGUUUUGCUCUCUUUACUCGGCCCGCCGCCAAUGCCGUUUCUUGUUGCCUCUUCCUCCAUUCUGCCCUCCCAGCAUCUCUAUCUCACGUGUUUUUGAACCACUCGCUCUUCGCACCCAUCUAUUCAAACCUUUUCACUUCUUUGCGUUUUAUCCUUUCCUUUCCUGCUACUACAAUUCAUUCUACUUGUCGUCUACAGCUGUGAAAUGUCCGAGCCCUGUUGUUCGUCCUCGUCCUCCUCCUCAUCUCCUGCGUCGUCGUCUUCUUCUUACGAAUCGGAAUCUACUUCGUCAAGCUCUCUGUACGAUCUUCUAUCGACGCCUUCGCCUUCGUCGAGUAGCAGCGAUCCUGGAAGCAGCAUUCUACCCGCCUUCUCAUAUGAAAACUUAUGCCAUAUCAAUAUGUUCGAGAACAAUGUUAGUAGUUUCCCAAGUGCUGUGAGCGGGCGCUAGAGAAGAAGUGAAAUGUAUCGAUGAAAAAGUAAAUAAACGUCCGCGUAGCAAACAAAAAAACUGGGCGGUUAGACUAGAGGGACAUAUAGCUGUAACGUGGUUGCUCGCUGCGCGCGACUUGCACGCACUCGUGACCCGCUGGGCUCCAUUCGAAUCACCGUCACACUUCUUAUCUUUCUAUUUAGGAGACGCUGAUUGUAUGGUCGGAAACUGAAAUGAUGGAUUUGGCAUUGUCGUUCCAAGAAAAAUCGGGAUGCGAGGAGCUGUGGCAGAAGAUAUGCGAAGUUCAAGGAAGAGAUCCCGGAGAUGCUGAUGGAACGUACGACGACGGAGACGACAGCGACGUGGGAGAGCUCACUUCUUCGGCAGGCCGUCUUGCUCUUCCGCCUAUCGAAAUAGGAAGGUUGAGCGAACUUGACGCGCUCCUCCACAUGCAUCUCACUUCGAACCCGGGCAGAGAGAAAAUGACGAACGCAAUUGAGAAUGACAAGUAAGCGAGAUUAAAGCAGAAAUUUGGUAAUUAUUGGAAUUCUUUCAGUGUUGUUCACAAAUUGUGCGAUGUUUUCCGAAUGUGCGAGGAUAUCGAGCACACAGAAGGACUUCGAACCUUCUACUCGAUUGCCAAAAAUCUGUUUAUGCUGAAUCGCAACGUCAUCAUCGAGAUGCUUCUUGACGACCGUCACAUUAAGGAUGUGAUUGGAAUGUUCGAAUUCGAUCCGGCCUACAAACAUCCUCGAAAGCAUCGUGAUUUCGUCUACAGAAAGGCCAAAUACCGGGAGGUGUUGAGCAUAACCAGCGAUGAUCUCCGUGACAAGAUUCACCGUCUGUAUCGUGCUCAAUACAUUCAAGACGCCUGCCUUCCGAGCCUCGGCCUUUUCGAAGAGAACCUUCUCUCGACCCUCGGCAGUCACAUAUUUUUCUGUCGCGUCGACAUUGUGACAUUGCUGCAGAAGGACAAGAAGGCUAUGCGCGAAUUGUUCGGGCAGCUGAAGAGCGAUGAUACGGAAGUGCUGCGUCGUCGUGACUUGGCCCUUUUCCUGAAGGAAAUGAUCAGCCUAAGCACGAGUAUACCUGCGAAUGGACCGGCCGCCAACAAGGACAACUUCUUCAAAGUAGUGUGUAACUAGGAAUGUUUUUCUAUCUCUGAAAUUUAUAGUUACAGCUACAAAACAUGUUCAACAGUGACAUUCUCGAGUCGCUAGAACCAUGUUUCAAGUCUCCGGAUCAUGAAACGAGGGCAGUAAUGGUGGAUGUGCUCAAGUCGAUGGUCGAAGGCAAUGCUCAGACGAUUCGGGAUUUCUUGCUGAAGCAGGCCAAAGAGAAAGAGCACAAUGAGGAUGUGCUGUUGAAUCGGAUGAUCAGGCACAUGCUCACUGAUGUCGAUGUUCAUCUGACUUCAGGUUCAGAAAUCAUCAUUGUAAGGAAAUUUGUCCGUUUUCCAGUUAAAAUAAGUCAACUUUUAGAUUAUGAAGACUCUUCUGGAUCCUGAAAACAUGACGACAGUAAAAUCAGAGAGAAGUGAUUUCCUUCAUCUCUUCUACCAGCGUUGUCUGGACACUCUUCUGAAGCCUCUGCUCGACAAUGUCAAUGGAGGAAUAGUCAAGAAAGACGACUACAUGAUCGCGAAUCGUUUAUCCGUCAUCCUUCGACUUCUCACGUUCUGCGUCGAGCACCACUCAUUUUCAAUGCGUCAACGGUGUGUUUCGAAUGAUCUCAUGAACAAGGCACUCGUUCUGCUCAAAUCAAAACACUCAUUUCUCGUGCUAUCCGCUCUCAAGCUUCUGCAACGAGUCGUCACCGUCAAAGACGACAAAUACAUUCGGUACAUCGUCCGCGAAAAAGUGCUGGAUCCAGUGAUGGAGUGCUUCCGAAGGAACGGAAACCGUUACAACGUCAUAAACUCUGCCGUCUUGCACUUGUUUGAUUACGUGAAGAGUGAGGACGUUCGCCCGUUAAUCAAAUACGUAGUUGAAAAUCACAUGGACGUAAUUGAAAGUGUUAACUACGUGAAGACGUUCAAGGAAAUCAAGAUUCGGUACGAUCAACACCGCGAUCGCGAAGAGACUAUGAGCGUCCGCUCUGAAGACAACUCGUUACCCAGUCCGCGAAGUUUUCGGAAGGAUCGCAAUGAAGACCAGUGGUUCGACGACGACGACGAUCUGGAAGUCGGAACGAUGCUAGAAUCGAUCGAGAAAGACUCGGUGACGGUUUCUCCAAAGAAGGAAGAGGUCGGACAGCGGAAGACGGGAAUGGAGCCAAUGUUCCCGUCACUAUUGAAGCGGAAGAAUGCUUUCGACGAAGAUGAGGCGCCAGUUUUCGGAGGAGGAUCCGCUCCUGUCAUCAACCAAACUGAGAAGAAGAUAGUCAUAAAGGUAGAGAAUGCAAUGAUUUUCCCGAGUUAUUUGUAGAAUAAGUCUUUCAGGUUAAUAACGAUCGUUCUCCGAAUCGUACGCCGUCUCCUGCUUCGUCGCCCCGAGCCUGCUCCUCACCAGGACCUUCUCGAGAGGACGAAGUGACCUCGUCGCAGAACAACAGUAAGGAGAACAGUCCUACUCCGACAGUGAGGGUAAGUGCAUAAGCUUACGAAAUCGAAGAAAAUAAACUUUUUUUCAGUCGCUCGUGGAUUACGACGAAUCAGAUGACUCAGAUGAGGAAAUUCCGUCGCCAGAUGCCGUUCCUUCGUCUUCCACCGGCAGUCCCGAGAACGACAAAGAGGCUCCGUCUACUGACGGAAAGAAGGCCGACUCUCCCGAAUACAACGGCGUCUCAUCGACGAGUAACGAGAAGGAAGAAUCGACCGAAACACCCGUCGCCGCCAUCGAGAACGGAGUUGUCCAGACCGUCGAAAUAAGCCGUAAACGAACGAGCGACGGAAGUGACCCGACUGACGUGAAGAGAAGUCGCACUGAAGAGACUGUCCCGCCUGCAACUGCGACCGAGGCAUAA